GGUGUCCACUAGGUGGGAGUUUCAUUUGUUGGUGGAGCUAGUUACACUCCUCUCUCUCCACCCCCUCACACUGUCCUUUCCAACCCUGUAAAGAGCAGCAGCUUCCCUUUCAUCCAGGAACAGGACUCUUCCCUUCUGACCCAGACAACAGACUCAGUGUGCACUUUCAGCCAAGUGGUACUGAAAGGGAAAGCGUGUCCUUUUCACUGUUAUGGUGUUUCUCCAAUGAGCACAUCUCUCUUUUGGGAGUCUGUUAUAGGCAAUAGUGGAUUUUCUAGAGAGGAAGACUAUUAAAAAAUGGCAGGGAGAAAAGUACUAAUAAUUUAUACACAUCAAGAGCCCAAAUCUCUAAAUGGAUCCUUAAAGAAUCUUGCAGUAGAAGAAUUGAGCAAACAGGGCUGCAACGUCACCACAUCUGAUCUGUACGCAAUGCAAUUUGAGCCACGAGCAACAAGAAAUGAUAUCAUUGGUUGUCUGCACAACUCAGAACACUUUGAUUAUGGAGUGGAAUCAUGGGAAGCUUACAAGAGAAGAUGCUUGGCUAGUGAUUUGAUUGAGGAACAGAGGAAGGUUCAAGCUGCUGAUUUAGUGAUUUUUCAGUUUCCCUUGUAUUGGUUCAGCAUGCCUGCCAUUAUGAAGGGCUGGAUAGACAGAGUCUUGGUCCAAGGAUUUGCUCACAAUUUCCCACAGUGUUAUGAUGAUGGCUUACUCAAGAAUAAACUAGCCCUACUUUCAUUUACCACUGGAGGAGAUGAAGAAAUGUUUUCAAAAGGAGGGGUCAGUGGUAACAUUCGCUAUCUCCUGUGGCCCAUCCAGCAUGGUAUAAUGCACUUCUGUGGUUUCAAAGUCCUUGCUCCUCAGAUCUGCUUUGCUCCCAAGUAUGUGACAGAAGAGAAAAGAAAGGAGAUGCUGACCUCCUGGGCACAGCGACUGAAGACUAUCUGGGAGGAAAAGCCUAUAAACUGCACUCCUGAGUUGUAUUUUAAGUAAUGUUCAGGCACAACACUAGAGAGAUAUGGGGGUGGGGAAGUUGCAGGAAUUGUCUCAGUUGUAUCUUUUCUCUUUCCUUCAUGCUGUACCUUACCAUAUAUUGGGGGGGUGGGGGGAGAGUCACAAUGCAUAAUGUCAGUCUCAUAAACUUGCUGGAUUGUAUUACACCCAAAGACAGCCAAUUGGUAAUAGCUCAGUUAGCAAUGUGGCCUCGAUCUUCCUGUCUUCUUAGGAGUACAGUGUAAUGAUGAGUGGUGCAGCUCCUUGCUGUGUGGGACAUGGCCCCCUAACUAGUAAAUAUUAGUGCCUAGUAUACAACCAAGUUGGUUUGUUUGUUUGUUUGUUUGUUUUAGAGUAGUGCCUGUUCAUACAAGGAUAGGAUUGAAUCACAGAUAAUGGCUAUUGCCCUAAGACGCAGGUGACCUGCAAAACACCUGAAAGAUAUUGCCAGAUUUACUUCAACACUUUUGUGCACCAGCUGCCAUUUUUGUUAAAUUGACCUGGAAAUAUCCUGUGAUAAAUAAGAUUUGUCACAGCCAGUUAUCAGUCAACUCUGCUCUCUUAAGCAAGUUUUGUCUGCAUUUGAAUUAUUGUACAGUUUGAGUAUAUAGGAUAUGCAGUAAUUUAGGUUACAUGAGAACUAUAGCCAGCCUUAACCUUCAAUACCAAAACAGAUCUAUGUGUCAGUUCCUAAAUUCCUAAGAUUUGCAACUGAACUAUAGUAAAGCAGCUUUAAGACAGUUUCAGAUGCCAAUAAAGGAAGCAAAUUCAAAGUGAAGUAUGAAUAUACAACACUGGUGCCUUCACCAUUGCAUUGUUCUGUGUGUACACAAGGAAGGGUACGUGAAGCCCCCUGCCACUUUUGCCUCCUCAUACAUUUUAAUGGAUACUUUUUUCUGAGUUCAAGGACUGGUCCCCACUUACACUGCCACUAGCUACCCCAUUAGGAAGAGGGAGGAAUCAAGGGCAAUUGCUGUGGCCCCUCACACUAAUCAGCAGAGCUAUUCAGCCCUGGAGUUGAAUGCCUGAUGUACCUCCCCCUAAAUACAAAUGUAGCAGCAAAUGUGCUUCCCCGGGGGACUCUGGCACUGUGGCUGACUUGGUGAGGCACAUUGCCCGCUACACCUGCCGUGGCCACUGUCCCAGUGUGGGUCAAUGCCUAAUAGGAUACACCAGUAGGUGUGGGUUGGCUCUUAAUGUUUGGGAAUUUUGCCAUGGACUUCAGUGGGAUAAUUUGGCUCUGUGAAGUAACUGAUGAAUUUUUUGUGGUAGGAUUUAUGGUAUGUUUCAUGCUUAAUUGUGUAUUUCCUGGCUCUGAUCAGUUGCUGUCACAACCUUAACAUACUGUUAAACAUACUAUUAUGCUUCUUUGUGAAUGUUUACCUGUUGUGUGCAAGAUGUAGAUACCAGAUUACAAUGUUUCCAGUCACCUAAAUUCAUUUUCAGACUGAAGAAGGUAGACAUAGUAAGAUACAAAUGCAGUUGCUGUCCAUGCAUAUUUACUUUUUCAGAAUAAAAAUCCUCAGUUUGUUUGCAGACUGAUCAAAGGUGUUAGUCAGAAGACAAAUGCGUAUUCUGCUCACAAAAAAUUAAGAGGAUGUAUACAGAGAAGUCUCGCUCCUAUAAUCACUAAAGUCAACAGAAAUUGAUAGACUGCAGUCAGGGUAAAAUUAGGCACAUCUCUUAAAUUCUAUAACAGCACAAUGCAGAUGCUUGGAAAUUCUAGCUAAGAGUAUUUGUGAGGAAGUCACAUGGGAUUAAUUCCACAAAACUGCUAAUCAAUCUCCUAUGAUGCUUAUUGUCAGGCUGCACAUACACUUUAAAAAAAAAAAUGUCAUGAUGCCAGGCAUAAGGGGGUCUUGAAGGUUCUAGAAGGAACUGUGCCGGGAAGAGAGAGCAAUACAGAGCCGUAUCAGCAACUGGGGAGAGAUUAUCAGGAGAGCUCAGCUCCACACUAGGUACCAAAAUUAAGUGGCGAGAUAUUUUUUUUUAAAACUCAACAUGUUAGGUACUGAGCUCUUCUGAAAGGCUCUCCCCAGUGAUGGUGGUUGAACUCUUCUGAAAAUUCUGGCUUUAAGGGAUACUAUUUUUACUUAUUUGACUAAAGUUUCUGGUUCAGUUGCAUUAAAUAAAAUUCCUGAGCCUUUGCCACAGUUGUAUGACACUUAUGAUUUCACAUGCAGGGAAUACAUUUGCCACUUCUUUUUUUAAUAACUUAUUACCUGCAUCCAAAGCUGUUAUGUCCUCUCCAGAGGGAAACCCCAUUGACUCCAAACAUACUAGUGUGGAACAUUAAAGAGCAUACAACUUUGUUGCUCUGCUUUUCCCCCAUGAAGGUGAGUCAUGCAAGUGGAUUCCUCCCCAUCAGCUGAGUUUUCAGCUGAAUGCAUGUGGCAGGAGGGGGAAUAAAACCCCUAAACAGAAGGAAGUGAGGAUCUCUAUGCUACUUAGACUAUGGGAGGGCAAGGUUUUCUAGGUAUAAACAAGAGGUCCCCAGCUGUUUAGCCUGGGUUAGCCCAAAGAGCCAUAUAGAGCUUGCUUGCUUGCUUAUAGAAGCUUCUGUUACCUUUUGUAACAAAUUGUCAUUCAUUUGUGUAUCCAUGUUUACCUGCUUAUACCUUAUAAAUAACUGUUUCCUUUUUCCUAUUAAUAAAUCUGUAUAUAGUUUAUUGUA